AUGCCUCCGCACCACAGAGCUAGGCUGGUCAGAGAAAACGCACCACAGCCAACGCCCAACAUGCCGCAGCGUAGGAGCCGUCAAGCGUCAUCUGGUGGCCAGAGGAGGACCCGCUCUUCCACCCGCCAAGCAGAGCUGCACCAGAGGAGGACCCGCUCUCCCACCCAACAAGCAGAGCUGCUCUUCUCCGUGAGCCAGGUGGAACGCAUGCUGCAGGAGCACUACUCCUUUCAGCACAUGAGCCCUCGCACACCAGUCUUCAUAGCGGCCAUCAUCCAGGACCUAACGGCCAAGAUCUUGGAGCUGGUGGGUAUUGAGGCCCAGAAACAUGGCAGCAGCGGCAUCACACCAGAGGUCAUGGACAUGGUGCUCCACAGCAAACCCGCUGUUCAGCAGUCUUUACAGAGAGACUGUCUUCUCGCAGGUGGCCCCAGCUGA